AUGAAUCCCCAUAUCUCUGCCCCCCGCCAACAUGCCGGCUCUGCCAACUUCGGCUCAACACCCGCAACUCGCGGGUCUGGCGUUCGCAUGCCGCGCUUCUUCAAAAGACUCUUCAAGUUCCCUCAAAUGGAUUUUGAGAUGGCAAUUUGGGAGAUGACCUCAUUGUUAAUCGCACCCAAGAAGGUGUUCAAAUCGAUAUACUAUCAUAAACAAACGAAGAAUACAUGGCACCGACCUGAUCCAUCCUUCACCUACCUACUAUCAUUCUUCCUCCUCCUCACAGCCUUUGCCUGGGGGCUCGCUUACACGCCAAGUUUCGGUGCAAUCAUACGCCUGACUUUCCUCUUCGUAUUCAUGCAUUUCAUCGGCUCGUCAUUGCUGGUCUCAACAAUAGGAUAUUUCAUCAUUGGCCGUAUAUUCGGUCCGAACGGAGCUGCCGCCUCUCUGGCCGGUCUACGAGGCUCCCGUAGUCGAAGACGGGGCGCGGCACAGGGCCUGUUUACACAGCCUGGAGAGAAAGAGCAAUUAGAGUUCGGAUAUUGUUUCGAUGUAUCCAACCGGGCCUUCUUCCCUCUCUACCUCCACCUCUACGUCGUGCAAUUCCUCCUCCUACCGCUGCUCACCCGCAGCCCGAGUAAUUUCCUGGCUACUUUCCUGGGAAACUCGCUUUAUUUGUCCGCACUCAUCUACUAUACCUACAUCACAUUCUUGGGGUACAAUGCUCUUCCCUUCCUGCACAAUACGGAGCUUCUGCUGGUGCCCAUUCUCAUUUUCGCCAUUAUGUGGCUAGUCAGCUUGAUAGCCGGUUGGGGCAUCGUCAUGCAAGGCCGCAGCGUCGAGGGGUUAUUCUGGGGGGUGUUUUCCCAAAGCCGCGGCGCGCAUGCGAUCCUCGCGCUCUUGAAUGGCACUAGCACGCUCCUUGGCCUGUUCGUCCUUUUCCUCCUUCUCUGCCAACUUCCGCAGGCGUUCUGCCUCACGCUUCUCGCGAAUGACGGCAAGACGAGCCAGAUCUGCCUUUGCCUCAUCGGUUUUACCCUCGGCGUGCAGCUUCUGGUAUCGUUCGCGGGCCUGCUGAGCCUGAAGAGCCUCCCGCUCACGUCGGGACAACUGCGAGAUAUCCUUGACCUUGGCGGGCUUCUUGGGUUCGGCAACGGGCUCAGCUACGGUCUUUUGGGUCUGCGAGCGGGACUUGGCGGUGUGGUUGGGGUUGGCGGGGAGCUCGUCGUCGGACUCCUCCGAGUCUGA